GAAUUCUGAACAAAAUGGCUCAUUUAGAUUUUCCCGAGAACCGCUCUACAGCCUGGUACAAAUGGAUUCCCAGAUUUUCGACAAAAAAACUUCCGCAACGAAGUAGCGCGUUACGUGGACAAGCCGUGUAGGAAAAAUUUGCGAUUUUUUGAUAAAAUGGGACUAUAUAGAAACAUUGUUUGCCUUGCGUUUUCUGUUGUAACCUUAUCACUCAGCCAUUUUUGACUGAAUAAAUCAAACUAAACUAACCAGCUGAUAGAUGCUUUGUCUCUCCUUUAAAGGGCAGUGAGAAAUAUACAUUUCGUGCUGCAUUAUUUAUUCACGGAUGCCAAACAGAAGAAUUACGCUCAACAAAACGGGAGUUUCCAUUCAUUUUACGUGAUACACAACAAAAACGAGACUAUAAAUUUGUUGCUAAAAGCGAAGAAAAACGUACAGAAUGGCUGAAACAUUUAAGAGAUGCUAUAUGUUCGAAUAGUGAAUUAUCUGAAAAUGAACAUUGUUUUCAAAUGAAAUCAUUCGAUGAACCAAGUCCCAGAUGUGAUUUCUGUAAUCGUUAUUUGUGUUUUGAUCGUGGUUCUAUUGAACUCCCAAGAGCCUUUUCAAAUGGCUCAAAUAUGCAUCAUAAUCGUGUAUAUGCCUUGUACGAUUAUGAUGGCACAUCGGAUGGUAACAAAGUUAAUUUUAAUCGUCAAUCCGAGCAUUUUCUCAGUGUUGCUGAAGGCGACGAGUUAGAAGUUCUUGAAGAUGAUGAUGAGAGAUUGUGGAAGGUUAAAAAUGUACAUUCAAAUGAAGUUGGUCUUAUACCGGCUACACUCGUUGGUUCAUUUAUUAAUGGUGAAGCACAAAAAAGUUCUCAAUCUCCUUUAGUAUGUGAUUGUGAUACUUGGUUCAUUGAUUUAUCUCGUCAACAAGCUGAGACAUUAUUAAAAAAUGAAAAUAUUCCCGAUAAUACGUUUCUGAUUCGAAAGCAAGGCAAGAACGAUGGUAAUGCAAUUAGUAUCAAACAUAAUAAUGAGAUAUAUCAUAUUCGAAUAUAUACACUAACACAAGAUCGAUGCAUAAAGUAUUAUCUCGUUGACACAAUUCAGUUUUCGAGUUUACAGGCAUUAGUUGAAUAUUAUCGAAUGAAUUCGCUCGAAGAUCGUUUUCCACCCGUAAAAAGUACUCUAGGACGUUCGAUAGCACAAGUAUAUGAAAUAAAUUCAAAUAUUUAA